AUGGAUGAAGACAGUGAAUUGUUUAGGAAAUUAAAACACUUGAAAAGUGAAGCCUCAGUAGACUAUUACUCACCGAUACGUAGUGGAAGAAAGUUCAGUAGUCAGUGUGAACUUACACUAAACUUAAAACUCAACUACUCUGUGUCCACGUCUAGUUCUGAGAUAACGUCUGAACAAAAUCUUACCAUAGUGAGAAAUGAUUACAUCUCUAAUAAAUUGUUUUCUAAUUUUAAAGCGAUACAAAAUGUUUAA